ACGGAUUAGUGUGGACGGUAGCCCUAACCGUAGCAGUAAGGCUGCGUUUUCAAAUCUCUCUGGCGUAGUGUGGACCGGGGGCCUCUAUCGGCCGAUCACCUCAACGUGAUUUAAUUUAUGUGAAUAACUUAUUUUCGGCAGGUGCACUCUGCCUUGGCAACGGAGCUGGAGAUUCAUAUGUUAAUAUCGCCUUCUUCAUGUUGAUUUCUAUAAUGUUGACACGGCAGAAAGCAACUUACCGUGUAUUAAUUUAAAAAGCGUCGCGCCUUUGUCGCACUAAUAUGCAAAAUGUCCUUUAGUUUUUCACUUUGUUCAGCGUGAAUCGUAAGUCGGAGUUCAAUGGAAAAUACAUAUUGGCAUUUUUAAGGACGCCCAACGAGGAAAUCAUAUAGUCUUUGGCCUUUAGCUUUUAUAACAAAGAGGCGGGAUGAAAAUCCGUCUGAAUAUUGUAGAAAGAUUAGAAGAGAUUCUUCAAGCGGUUCAAUAGCUCUGCAAUAAUAAAAGGAUCUGUAGUUAACGUGACGUUACGGAUGACGGCUCUGCAUGAGGCCGCGGCUAUUGGUGAUGCCCAGGCCUGUGAAUACCUGCUUCUGAGCGACGAGUCGGAUCCAGACGGAGAGGACUGGGACUGGGGCAAGAGAACGCCUUUGCACGUGGCUGCCGCGGCAGGUCACGUGGCAUGCGUUGAGAAGCUUCUGGAGCAUGGCGCAGACGGUGAGAUGCGCAUGGCAGGAGGUUGGACGCCCGCGCACUGUGCCGCUGAAAACGGCAGUGUGGAAAUACUGCAGGUUCUUGUCGAUAAUGGGGCAAGUGUGACGAAAAAAGACAAUACUGGAGAUACGCCCAAAAGAGUUGCUCAGAUUUAUGGUCACAUGGACUGUGUGAAGUUCAUUGAAAGAUUGGAAAAUUCCAAGCCACGUGAAUCUGAGACAGAUGAUCACAGCAGGUCCACGAACAACGACGCCAUGACCAGGCGAGAGAUGGGAGUGAGUCCACAGCAGGAAGAGGGAAACCUGAACAUAAGUGCCAUUUAUUACAGUGAGGAAGAAAGGCAACACAAGCACAACUCAAGGGUCACAUUCCUGUUAACAUAAAACAAGUCACAGUUGAUUUCCCUCGAUACUAGAUUCAAGACUCUGGAGUCCAAAUGUCAGAUUUGUGACCGUCAUAGUAAACAGCUCAACUUGUGAACACGUGAAGUAGAAUUAACUUUACUGAACAUCAGUAGAUCGAUGAAAGAGCCCACGCCAGUUAUCCAGUACGGCAAAGGCGCUAGGUGAAAAAUAGUUAUUCUUCGCGUGUCUUACAAAAACUCGCCAGAAACGGCCUGCCAGUAAUGAAAAUUUUGGAAUAGAGAGAGGGUUUUCCAAAGCUUUGGAAAAUAAUCGAGAUUAGCUUAGUUUUGCUGUUCUUCAGCUUCACUGACUCGCGCAACGCGAUGAACGGACCUCAAUGUUCAACACAAUGUGACUCUAUCAUGUCGUUGUCCCGUUAAGCUUUCUACGUGGUAAUCAGCGUUGCUUCAUUAUUAUGUUUCUAUGUUUGGCUGAUCAGGUCUUUUACAGAUCCUACGUA